GGCGACGCGGGCCGCGCAAGGAAAGAUCCAAGGUAUGCCCUAUGGGAACUGUUUACUUCUCAGUGACGGUCCUGUCAAUAACAGCACUGGAAUCCCUUUCUUUUAUGUGACGCCGAAGGACAACACUGUGGCAGAUCUCCUGAAGAAUCCUGUGGCUUCUCUGACCCUGCCAGAGGCAGAUGGAAAUUUCUGCAGAAAAAAUGUAAUCGAUCCAGAGGAUCCGAGGUGCGCCAGGCUGACUCUCACGGGACAGAUGGUCACGGUGCCUCCGGAGGAAGUGGAAUUUGCCAAGCAAGCAAUGUUUUCCAGGCACCCAGUGGUAAGAAAGUGGCCUCGUAGCUAUGAGUGGUUCUUCAUGAAAAUGAAUAUUGAGCACAUCUGGCUUCAGAGCUGUGCAUUCUCCAAGGAAUAGCUACCAUAGAAGUCCUUGAAAGUCUGUAGAAAUACAUCAAAAAUAUCACCUGGAGGUUUUGGAUGGAAUUUCCCAGAC